CUGACUAGGAAAGGGGUGGAACUCUGCUGAGAUGAAAGAAGAAGCGAAAACGUACAAAUCAAUAGUUAAUGAAAUGUAGAACAUCAGGGAAACUACAGCUUAAUGGGGCUGCAUUGCGCUUGCAAAGCCGAGUUAAUGAUUAGCUAUUUAUGAAUAUUACUUUCGAUAUCUGUUUUCAGGAAACGGAACAGUCUUGAACUCUGAAGCAGUGCGGUUAAUACAGCAGUCCGAGUUGGGGGGGUAGCAGUUUCACUGUAACGGAUUCUCUGUUAGGGAGAUCAGGCAGAAGCGCACGUAUGUCUCUCACAGCCGCCUUCUCGGGCUGAACGGGGCACAUUUACUCUGCACGCCGCAUGCCAGCUGCCUAGAGUAGCGAUAGUUUUGUAUCGGUGUGUUUUUCGUCCCACGGAAGUUCUAUGGAUAAGUCAAAAAACUUCCGAAUCGAUGCCCUGUUGGCGGAUGAAUCUCACCGGGGGAAACGGUAUACCUCGCCGGGUCUGGUCCAUGGCAGCCUCACCGACAGCCCCCCGACCUGUCAAACACCGGAUUCACAUUCUCCCCAGGGAAUUCAAUUUCAACCGGGAAUUAUACCUAAAUUAGGCCUGUUUCUAACGCACCCAGAACUUGCCUCACUCUCCCACGGUACAAUCCCUGGUAUGUACCCGGCACCGCUGUACCCCAUCUCGGCCCCGGGAUGCCAGCAUCAAGCUUUUAACUACCUGGGAUCCUCUCACUUUAUCCAGCCACAUCCGGAGAGCCCUAAAACAGCGGCUCUUCCCAUCGAGCAGUGGAUUCGGGCUGGGAUUAUGGUACCGAGCCUUCCAGGCUACAGAUCUGCGCCCCCUUCAGCCCUGCUGGGGAAGUGUAGAAGGCCACGCACAGCAUUUACCAGUCAGCAACUUCUGGAGCUGGAAAACCAAUUCAAACUGAACAAGUACCUCUCACGGCCAAAACGUUUUGAGGUGGCUACGUCACUGAUGCUGACUGAGACGCAGGUGAAGAUCUGGUUCCAGAACCGCCGCAUGAAGUGGAAACGCAGCAGGAGGUCCGGUGGUCAAUCCUCACAGACACAUUUAGAAGGUCCACCAGGGUGUGAGCAUCCAGGGGACACUCAACCGAUCGAGGACGUAGAUGGAAAUGAUCUGGAGGAAGACAUGGACGACACAGUGGAGGACAAUGAUGAGCAGCAGGAUUUUGUGGUCACUGUGGGAAAGGACUUUCAUAACCCUUCAGACUACCUACAAUGUGCCUCAAAACUGAGGUCCUGCUCUGAGGAUGACCUAGAGGAGACCAUGAAGGGAUGUCAAGGUCAGGAUCUUUGCGGAGAUCUUUGAAAGAUCCAGAGUGCUCUACAGUUAAAGCCAGCAGAGGAAGAACCUGGUGGCAAGUCACGUGUGGCUCAUGCAUUCGCAUGGAGCUGGUAUCCAUCACAAAUGUAUAACAUGCAUGCUGUGUGUCAGGAUCCCAUAAGGUUCUCUGUUACAGAUGCAGAACAUGUUUGGAAGCUCAAAUUCCCCUCCACAAUCCAUCAGCUCACAGAAUAAAUGUGGUCCGUACUCAUUUUUGAAGAUGCUCUUUCCGGUGCUUCUCUCCCUUUGGUUCCUGCCUUAUAGCUAAAUUGUUAACUC